GGCACCGAGAAGUACAAGGACAAGGGGCGGGUGAUGACAAAGCCAACUCUGCUUCACUCAAUCACCAUCCUUGUCCUCCAAUGCUCCGAUUGAUCUCUUCUAGAGCGAAAUGUUUUCUGUAUUUGGGAUUUGUACUUUACUGCUCUGGCACUUUUUGACUCUUGACUCCGACUUGAGCUGUUCCGACUUCUCAAAGCUUCACAGACUGGAAGAAGAUAUCACCAGUGGUAGCUUCCUAAAUGAGACCACUGCUGUGUUAUUCAAGGAUAGCUGGGUCACAUUAUCAAUGAUACAAUCCUGCAGCAUGAGAGUAUCAGUCUUCAACGGAGUCGAAUUCAUUCCCCAUUGGUACACGCAAGCCUCGUCCGUAGUUUCUCCGAUGCCCGACGUGUCCAGCAAAUAUCCAAGACGUGUUUUCCUUGUCGUUUCUCAGACUUAGUCAAUGUCGUCCACGUCAACCCCAUACUUACUCAACUGGUUUGUGGCAUUUGAUCGGCACACGUAUCCAUCUCUCGAAUGACCCACGGUGGCGGUCCGCUGUUCGGGUUGUCCUUAUUCUCAGGCAGUCCUUCUCGAUCAAUG